AAAAUACCUCCCUUCGUUCAUGUGUGUGGCCGCAACGAUUCCAAUUACAAUCAGUGCAUCGCGAAUAACAUUAUGAAUAUGAGGGCUAAGAUUUGCGAGAAGAAUCCGGAAUUUGGUCUUCCAUCAUUUGAGCCAUUAAUUUUUGACAAAAUGGUUGUUAUCGAGGAACCUAUGGUCAACUUGUAUCUUAGAAACGCAAAAGUACGUGGAAUUUGUGAUUUUAUCAUAAAUUCAGUUCACGCAAACCUCGAUAAACUUCAGUUUAAUAUAAAUUUAACAUUAAAACGAAUUUAUAUGACCACAAUGUAUGAUGUCGCUCUACGUUUGCUAGUACCAAUCAGUCGCAUAGGAUUAAGUCACGUUACUUUGGAUAAUAUCGGAUUAAAAGUAAGCUUGGACAUGAAAGUGACAACAAAGAACAACAAGAAAUAUAUAUACGUCUCGAAA